AUGGUGGACGACGAGGUGGUCAAACAGGUCUCGGCCGAGCUGCACAACGACGACUGGAGGGCCCUCGUCCUGCACCUCUGGGCACUGGACCACGUCGGCCACAUCGGCGGGCCCAAAAGUGGUGCGUGGGCUCGUGUGCGUCUGCUCCGCGACAACGCGCUGCAGCUGCUGCGCGUCUACAUGGCGCAGCGUCCCACGUUCUCCGUCGAUAGCGGCAGCGAAGACGACGACGGUCGACUUUCGGAUUGCGGCGGUGGCGCCCUACCGUCAUCGUCGCCUUCAGAUCGUCGAUUCGCGUGCCUCUGGAAGAGAGCAGAAGACAGCCUGAACUCGGACCGCGAGACAGCGCUGGAUGGCCUGUACGAGUCCUGCAGGCAUGCGCAGCGGACCAUGAGCGUCCCGCGGGGAGAGGCUGACCUGCGAUACCUCCUGUACGGAGCUGCCGCGGCCGGCACGUGUAUGCUGCUGUCGUUCCUUGCGUACAGGCAUGAGGCUUCCACCUUGACAGUCACUAUUGACAGGUUUGCCACUGCGGCGGUUGGAAUCGGCUAUGAGCUCACGAUGCUGGAUAUCCAUCUCAUUGAAAGCGAGCACCUGUUCUGGUAUUGCGCCUCACUUGGUUAUUUGACAUGCAUCGUUGUCUUGAGCCUGUCCUGGAAUGAGGUUGGGGAGCACCGCUCGGAGGCAGCUCGCGCCAUCCAGGGGUUCCUGGGAGCCAACACGGGCAGCUUGUGGCUGCUCGUCGUCGCGGCCUUCUUCAGCACCGGCUCGCACCCUCUUGACGGCAAGAGGCCAACGUCCGUACUGUCAAUAUCGCGGUUACCAUCCCAUGUGCUGUCUCUGGCAGCACCAAUUUUCAAGUUCGCGUCCACGUACGCGCAGUCCCCAGAGCUUGUGGCUUCCGCACCCGAAUGGGUGAAGGACGCCGUCGCCGAGGUUGACUUGACAUUUGCGUCCCGCGUCCUCUUCACGGGCCUCGCCUCUGCACUGAUCGUUGAGUUGUUUAGGCCGAGAAAAAGCACGUCGUCGCGAAAAGGCACGAGCUCAGUGACUGAACGUCUAUCCAGCACACUAGACGUAGUAACCCUCUACCUCAUGACCCAGUCCCGCGCGACCAACAUCCCGCUAUUCCUGCUCUUCCGCCUCCAGCUCGCGUCGUCCCUAACCACCACCACCCUAACCCUAAUAGCCCACCUCCUAGCCCGCAGCGCCUACGGCGCCCUUGGCCACACCAACUCGGUCGCCGCCAUCGACAUCCCCAACGGCUUCAACGGGACGUCCGCCCGGUCUACAUCCCCACUAAUCCCGGCGCAGAUCUCGGUUGCCAUGUGGGCCUGCGGCGCAUGGUGGUUCGGCGGCGGGCUGCGGGCCCUGCUGCUCUCGCGGACAGAACCAGAGGGCGAACAGGACAGCAGAAGCAGUAACAACCACAACGGCUCAGCCACCAAGGGAGCGACGAAAAAGAACAUGAAAAUGAACAAGAAGAAACCAAGAAGCGCGGGCGUGUUCACAAGCUACGCAGUACUGGCCACCUUCCUCGAGGCCGCUGGCGCCAGCCUGUUGCACGGCGGGUCGCUGUCGGUGCUGCUGCUGCUGGGCGACGACGACGCGGCGUUGUGGACCAGGGUGGUGCCGACGUCGCUGCUCACCGUGAUGCGCUUGUUCAUCCACCUCGGUGUCAACUUGGGCUUCUGCGGUCUGCUCUGGUGGCUGGCCUAG